AAGGGGAAGUCAACAAAUUGCGGGUGCCCAAAACCCAAGCUCCAACAAUAAACCCUUGCAAAAGCCCUAAUUCAAAAACUUCUCAAUUCGGGCAUCAUCUUCUUCCUUAAAUCAAGAUUCCAAAAAAUUACAGACAGUGAAAUAAAAAUCGGAAAUGGGGAAAAUUCCACAGUCGUUCAGAAGGGCAGCUGCCCAAUACCCAGUAUCAACUCUCCUCAAACCCAACACUUCUUCUUCUUCAUCGUCUUCGUCGUCGUCUCUGCAACAACAAAUCCCACCCCCAAUUUCCAAUCGGCAAACCCAGAAACAAACCCCCAACAAAAACCCCAUAAAAACCAACGAUUCAGCGCCGCGAAAAACCCUACCAUCACUAAUUUUCGAUUCCCCAAAUCUCUCAGAGGCGAAAUCCCAAUUCAACAAAUUGAUUUCCACCGCGAGAAACAUCCCUUCAGACUCCAGCUUCUACAACUCGAUCCUGCAGUCGUUCUCCUCCGUUUCGUCUCUCCAAGAUUCGAUCUUGUUCCUCAAUCACAUGGUCAAGACCCACCCGGCCUUCUGCCCGACCCGGUUCACCUACCACAUCCUCCUCGUGCAGUCGUGCUCCUCCCCCGACGAUCAGUCCCUCUCCGCCGUGCACAACGUGCUCAACCUCAUGGCCAACAGCGGCUUCCCACCCAAUCACGUGUCGACGGAUGUCGCCGUGAGAGCCCUCUGCACCUCCGGCCGAGAAGAGCAAGCGGUCGAAUUGGUCAAGGAGCUCUGCGCCAAGAAUUCACCGCCCGAUGAUCAUACCUACAAUUUCAUGGUGCGGCAUUUGGUCAAGAACAGGUCUUUAAGCACGGUGAAUUGCUUCAUCGACGAAAUGAAAAAGUUCGACAUCAAGCCCGAUCUUGUGACCUACACUAUCAUGAUCGAUAACGUUUGUAACUCGAAGAAUUUAAGGGAGGCGAUAAGGCUAUUGGUGGUCCUAAGCGAGGAAGGAUUCAAGCCCGAUUGCUAUGUUUACAAUACAAUUAUGAAGGGCUAUUGUACGCUGAGCCUAGGCAGCGAUGUGUUGGGAGUGUACAAGACAAUGCUGGACGAAAAAGUCGAACCCGAUCGCUACACUUACAAUACUUUGGUAUUCGGUUUAUCGAAAUCAGGUAGGGUCAGCGACGCGAAGAAGUUUUUACGUGUUAUGAACGAAAAGGGUUAUUCGCCCGACGAGAUUACCUACACUUCGUUGAUGAACGGUAUGUGUAGAGAAGGGGACGCGUUGGGUGCGUUAGGGUUGUUGGCGGAGAUGGAAGAGAAGGGUUGUAAACCGAACGUAUGUACGUAUAACACUCUGCUUCUCGGAUUGUGUAAAGCGAGGCUUUUGGAUAAGGGACUUGAAUUGUAUGAAGUGAUGAAGAAAUAUGGUAUUAAGAUGGAAACAGGGUCUUACGGGACGCUUUUGAGAGCGUUGUGUAGGAAGGGGAGAGUCUUUGAAGCGUACGAGGUUUUUGAUUAUGCGGUCGAGAGUAAGAGUUUUUCGGAUGUUGCGGCGUAUUCGACUUUGGAAAGUACACUUAAGUGGCUGACGAAAGCUAGAGAACAAGGUCUUGUUGUUUGACGAGAAUAUAUUUAUGGUAUUUUCUUGUUCUUUGAGCUUUUUUUUCGAAGUUAGUGGUAUUUGUUUGUUGAUGAUGAUUAAUUUUUGAUUUAAUGUUGUUUGCACCUAAGUAUGGCUAUCGCAUUUAUCUUGAAAUUUUAGACUAGGCAAGAAUUUGGGUGGUGAUGAAAGUAGUAGUACUAAAACGAUAAACCGAUUGUAUUCUGGUUAUAUGAAAUGGAAUAACGAGGGUCGUUUAAUUUCUCUAUUUUUUUUUCUAUUUUUGCACUUUGAUUUAGUUAGUCAUAUUGGAUGAAGUACAAUUCAGUUUUUCGGGA